AUGGGUUCAUUAGCUGGUUUCGGGGUUGUUGACGUGGAAUAUGACUGUGCCGACGUGACUGCUAAGAAUAACUGGCUCCACAUUUGGGCUUACGCGACUGACAUCGGGAAGAAACUUUGGGCAUUUUUCGACAAGCCAUGGGGCGCAAUUUCGGGUGCAAUGCUGGGUUGCGCCCUCGGAGGAAAUUCCUGGCGGAAGAGUGCGAAACUCUUGUUCACAAUCCAAGCUGGUGGGAGCACACAGGGGCCACAGAAGGAGAAGGUGUUGGAGACCUGCAGCCCAUCAGAGGCCUCCAAGUUCUUCAUCGCUUGGCAACGCCACUGGGACGUGGUGGCUGCUGCCUGUGCUACAUGCACCCAAGUCCAAGGAUUGCUGAUGUACAUCAGGUACACAGACAAUGGACUUUCCCACUCAUACAAUUUGUGCCAAUACUCUGUAAAACGGAAUGUGACAAAGAAUCUGUCCUAUCAAAAAUCAUUUACCACAUUUGAAUCUUGUGGAGGUUGGCACCUGUGGAAACUUUGCCCAAAGGUGACCUUUAAAACACUUUACCCUUUGAACAGGAGCAAGGAGUUUGCCUCACAUCCAGGAAUGUGCCCGACGGAAGAGAAAGCCAUGGGGAACCAGACCUGCAGAUGGGACAUUGACUGUCCAGGACUGCAGAAAUGCUGCAACAUCAGCGGGGAGUCAGUGUGCAUCUCACCUAUCCCAGCAGUGGGAGAAGGAUACUUCAAUUUGUUGAUUGAAGUGAAGCAAGAUUUUGAGCAGACCGAGUUUGAUCUUAUGAAUCAUCUGAGAUUCUUACACUCAGUGGUGACUGGCGCUCUGGAUCCAUUGAACUCCUCGAUGUAUCACAUCCACACCCAACGAGAUGGAGAGCACAAAAUUGUGUCAAAACUUCUGCUGGGCACCAGGCCUCCAACUACACUGGGGAACAUAUCUAAAGAGUUGCAAAAGGUUUUAAUAAAUGUUGCUGAAGUUUCUCACUUGGAAACCGAAGACAUCAAUGAAUGUGAAUAUGCAGAGUUGAAUUCCUGUUCUCUAAGAGCAACCUGUUUGAACACUGAUGGGUCUCACAACUGCUCUUGUCAGAAUGGCUUCACAGACAAAGAUCCUUCCAGGAGAGACAGAGACUGCAGAGCUCUUUCUCCAGUUACAAACUUGGCGAUUGCCAAUGUCACCAGCAUUAGCUUCCAAGUCCUUUGGGCAGCAGCCUCCAGCAAAGACCAAACAGUUAUUGUGCGGGUACUGAAGGAAGAUGGCAUUGUGAAUGAAAUCGAGACUCAGCAAAUAGAUUUGAUGGUGACAGGAUUGGAACCUGGGGUUCUCUACACAGUGGAAGUCCACUGGCAAUCCUGUGAAGACAGACAUACUAAAGAGCUAAAAGUGAAAACAGCCGCAUUAUUAUUGGAUGGACGGGCGAGGAUCAAGAAUUAUAACUUCACUGAAAGUCUCGGCAACACCAGUAGCAGUGAAUUUAAGCAGUUUGCAAAGCUUUGGUACCAAGAGCUUGAAAACUCCCUUCCACCAACAAUCCAUCAGUUAUACCAAAGCAGGAAGAUUCUGGUCCGGAUAGCAUCUCUCAGCUAUGGGAGUAUUGUGGUGAACUUUGAAAUUGUUAUUGAUCAAGGAAUAAAACUCAAUGUCUGGAAUAUUUCUUCUGCCCUGAUCUCCUCUCUUUACAACAGUUCUGCCUUUGUGUAUGAUCGCAACGGCACCUCCAUUUCAGAUGUUAAUGAAUGCACCUCACCUAUUUACAAUGACUGUUCGCCUCAUGCAAUGUGUAAAAACACCGAGGGGUCAUACAUCUGCAUAUGCAGUGACCGCUAUAAAGAUGUGAAUCCAGCCAGGCCUGGCAGAUCCUGUGAAGUUUCCUGGUACCGUCGUAGAAUCGUGGUAUCUUACAGCACAGAAGGAGGCCUUUCAGCCCUUCAAGCCUUUGCCAGUCCUUUGAAAGUUAUCCAAAGUCACUACGACUGUGCUAACUCCUACAAGUACCCAAGGACAAUCUUCUACUGUCUUUGCCUCUGCAAUGAUCACCUAUCUUCUUCUCCAGUUAUCAACCUGACCGUCUUCAAGGUCACCAGCGCCAGCUUUCAAGUAACAUGGACCACGGAGAUCAAUCAGGAACAAACGUUUAUUGUGCAGUUAUUGAAGAACGAUAGCAUUGUGAAUAAAACAGAGACCAUGGAACUGGAGUGGACCGUGUCAGAUUUGGAGCCUGAGACCGAGUACACUGUGAGCGUCACCUCACGAGCCUGUGAAGAUGAGGGCCCUGCAGCAGAGCUGAGUGUAAAAACAGACACCAUCUAUACCGGACCAGCUUCUACACUUAAUUCAAUUCAGUCCAGCACCAGAUUUACCUCAACAGUGGCCAUCUACCUGAACAGUUCCAGGUUUGCACCUGGCUUCCCUUAUGCAGACAUACUUCCAUGCUCAGCUCCUUCCCCAGUUAUAAACUUGACCGUUUCCAAUGUCACCACGACCAGCUUCCACCUAACGUGGACAACAGACGCUUAUGAAGAGCAGCUAUUUAUUGCGCAGGUGUUGAAGAAUUAUAUCAUUGUGAAUGAAACCGAGACCAUGGAACUGGAGUGGACUGUGUCAGAUUUGGAGCCUGAGUGUGUGUACACUGUGAGUGUGUUCUCCAGAGCCUGUGAAGAUGAGGGCCCUGCAGCAGAGCUGAGUGUAAAAACAGAAAUCAUCAUGAAUGCUCUCAGUUAUACAUCCAGCCCAAGACAGUCUAGUACUGGGGUUGUCUCCACAAUGACCAUCUACCCGAACACUUCUGGAUUUCCAAUAGCCUUUGCAUAUGCAGAAGUGCCUCCUUGCUCAACUCCUUUGCCCAUUAUAAACUUGACAGUUUUCAAUGUUACCUCCAAGAGCUUUCACAUUACGUGGACAACAGAUAACUAUGAAGAGCAGAUCUUUAUUGUCCAGCUGUUACAGAAUGACAGUGUUGUGAAGGAAACAGAAACAUUGGAGCUGGCAUUGACGGUGUCGGGGUUGGAGCCUGGGACAGAGUACGCUGUGAGCGUCACCUCCAGGUCCUGUGAACAAGAAGGCACUGCCACAGAGCUGAUCGUUAAAACAGCAGAAACCAUGGGCACUAGGAGAAAACAAUCUGUCGUGGGCUUUGUCUCCUCAAUGACCAUCUACCUCAAUAGACCUGGAUUCCCAGAUAAUGUCCCACAUUCUGAUUUACCUCCUUGCUCUCCGUCUUUUGUUACCAAUUUGGCUGCUUCCAGUGUCACUAGCAGUGGUUUUCGAGUAACUUGGACAACAGAUACCAGUGAAGAGCAGAGCUUUGUUGUGCAGGUGUUAAAGAAUGAUAGCAUCGUGAGUGUAACAGAGACACAGGAAAUGGAAUGGACAGCAAGAGGACUGGAGCCUGGGACUGAGUACAUUGUGAGCGUCAUGUCGAGAGUCUGUGAGCAAGAGAGCAUUGCCACCGAGCUGACUGUAAAAACAGCUCUUAGUCCAAGCAAGGCUGAAAAGAGAAUGGCUAUACCUAAUGCCGAUUACCAAAGAAGCAGCAUUGCCUUGGAUCAGUUUGCACCAAACUCUGUUCAAACCUUCACACCAUUUUCCACACAAACAUCCACUUUGGCUUGCGUUCCUCCACCGAUCAGAAGCCUCAUUGCCUUCAAUGUCACAAGCAACAGUCUGGGCAUGAUUUGGGAAGCUGACGACACAAUUCACCGAGAGUUUGUCGUGCAGCUUUUGAAGGACAACAGUAUUCUGGUUGAUGCAAAGACCAAAGAACUGAGCUGGACUGUGUCAGAUCUGGAGGCUGGAGUGUUGUAUACCGUCAGAGUCAUCUCUCAGCUCUGUGGGAAAGAAGGCAAAGCUAAAGUACAAGAAGUGAAAACAGCUGCACAUAUCAUGGGAGGCAGAACAAGGAUAACAAACUUAAUGUUCAGUGAAGGGCUGAGAAACAGCAGUAGUGACAAAUUCAAGAACUUUACAGCCCAAUUUAUUACACAGAUCUUGAAAUUUUUGCCUGAAUACACUACGGAACUUUUAAGUUCUGGGAAAGUCAAGGUCGUGAUUAGAUCGCUUUGGGAAGGGAGUGUGAACGUAGACUUCCAAUUGAUCUUUGAUGAAGCAAUAACAGCUAAUGUUUCUGAAAUCAUCGUGGACCUUGUGACAUCAUUAAAAGACAGCUCUGUUUUUUCCUUUGAUCCUGACAGCACAGAUAUAUCAGAAAAGAGUGCUGAUUGGUUGGCAAGUCGGCUCUGGUUGAGACGUUGCUUGGAGAAUGUACCAGAGAACUAUUAUCCCCCCCAAUUUUUGUUUAAUUCAGAAAAGGCGCAAUGCUGGACAUGUUCUUUUUGCCUUCAGUAUUACAACGAGUGUGCCUCACUUGAUGACAACGACUGUUCACUCAAGGCAAAAUGUAUCAACACAGAGGGUUCCUACACCUGUAGUUGCUUGGACGAUUUUGUGGAUAUAAACCCAGCUCGGCCUGGCAGAAAUUGCAGAGAACCUAUGGUGGCCAGCCCAACAACUGUGGAAGCAGCUUCCCAAUCGAUCACAAUAAGCUGUAAGCUUCAUGAGAUCUCAGUCAUAAUGGAACGAUCAUUCCUGGAAGAGAAGAAGAUACCAGCAUCUUCUCUGUACCUGGGGAACUCUCAGUGCAAUGGGAGCAUUGGUAAUUUGACCCAUGUUGCCCUCAAGGUUGGCUGGACUGAGUGUGGAACUCAAAUAUCAAAUAAUGCAACGCACACAGUCGUGAUAACAACACUUCGUAACAUCCCUUCCUCCAGUGCUGUCCCUACUAGUGCUAACCUCAAAGUUCCUGUAAAUUGUACAUUUGACAACAGCCUCUUGCUCACUGCUGGCUACACUCCAAAUAGGAUGAAUGGAAUCAGCCUGGAAGGAAUAGAAAACUAUGUGGCCAGCAUUGAGACAAUCAGUGCAAGCUAUACACAAUCAGAAGAUCCCGUUUUAACUCCUGAAGAUGAUGUGUCUGUUCAGGUAUCAAUUGAUACAUCGGAUAGCAGAGCCAGGCUGAUCCUUGCAGAGUGCUGGGCAACCCCAAGCAAGAAUUCAACCAGCAACACUUCGCACUCUAUAAUCAAAACUGGAUGUCCAGUUCCAGGGUCACAGACAAGAAUAUCUGAGAAUGGAAACUCCACAAAGGCCAAUUUUUCUGUGAAAGUGUUUUCAUUCAUUAACAUGUCUAUUGUCUACAUACAUUGUCAGGCUCGAGUCUGCUUGGAAGUCAACAGGGCCUCAUGCCAACCGUUGUGCAGUGGCUCACAUGCAGUCAAGAGUGCUGAAGUUGUUGCAGAAAGAACAGUAUCACUUGGACCUCUGUAUCGCAAGUAUAACAAUGAUGGUGAACCCAUGGUUGAGCUGGAUGAAAAUGCCUCAGCAACGAAGGCUGUGAUAGGACUCGGAAUCCUCCUUUGCUUGACGCUUGUAGUAAUAUCUGCAGUUGUGGUGACCAUAUACACCAGAUGGGGUCGGAGCUUCAUCGCCCAGUCCAAUGGCCAGAACUACCAGGCUUUUGAUAACUACUGAUGAUACGGAAAUAGUGCCGAGGAUUGCGCACUGCCCCUGCCUCGGCAGCAGGACAGCCAUGAUUAUGUCAUUCAUUUACCAGUAUCUUAGUAGGAAACCCAAGUACGUUUUUGCCAUUUUGCAAAAGGAAUUCUGAAUAAUUUCAUCUGUCUCUUUUAACAUGUUUCUGGGGAGCAGGACAUGACUACAACCCUUUGAGAUCUUUGCCCUGCACCAGUUCUGGUGUCUUGUGCAAACCUAAUUUUCCUCAUCCCACCAUUGUUUCUAGCCUAGUUUCUAAGCUGUUUAAUUCCAUCCUUAAACCUCCCUGCCUCUUUACCCCCCCUCCAUCUCUUUUUUCUCAUUUAAAACACUUCUUAAAACCUACCUCUUUGACCAAGUUUUUGUCACCUGUCUUAAUA